CCAUCUGCAUCAAAUCACCGCAAGUCCGGGUCACCUCCCUGCUCAGCUCUCCCAACAGCUGCUUUGGGUGGGGCUGCUCCAUACACAGAGACAAAGGGGGCAGAAGAGACUCAAGCUCGAGACCAGGAAGAGGAGCUGGGACAGAGCGAGCGAGGGAGCCACGCAGGCCAGCGUGGGGGUGUUCAACAUGGGGCUCACGCCUGGGGGGUGCUCGUGCCGCUGCUGCUCACCAAUGGCUUCAGCGUGGAGGCGCUGUUGGGCCGCACGCGUGGCGAGGCCGAGCAGCUGGCGGCCAAGGUGCGCGUCCCCUUCUCCAGCAGCAGCUGCAUGGGCGGCGUGCCGCUCCACCAGCUCGGGGACCUCAUGCGCAUCUUCAACCCGCCAGAGCUCAGCUGUCGGAUCGCGGUCAAGGCCCUGGGAUCAGCUCCCACUCGAGAGUGGUCCUCCCCUGGCUGCUGUUUGUGCUGCAACUGUUUAGGACCGGUAGAGCGGACUGCUUCUGGUCUCCCACCCAGUAACUCUGCUGUCUCUUUACCCCAUUGUCACCCAACCCAGCAAACUCACCAACACUGUUACCUCAUCCAUCAGACACAAACCCCCAUACUUUCUCAAACAAUGGCAUCUCCAAUCUUAUGUUAAUUCUGUUCCUGCAGUCUUCCACAAUUCAUGAUAUUUGUUUCAUAGGUAUCCACCUGUUACUCGUAGCUUAAACAUUAAUCACAGACAUGCAAAAAUAUCUACAUGCUAGUAACGCCAUUUAGCACAGCACUAUAGUAUAAAAUACAUUAAAAAACAAUACAUGUUUAUAUUGUUGAUUAGUUUGCGUGUUGAAACCAAUCCUGGUCGCAUUACUGCCUCAC